UGUACAUAUGGCCUCGUGUGCUAUUUUGGCAUGCAUUGGUAUCGAAUCGUGUAUCGUAAGCACGUUGUUGGGGUUGGUGGUGACGGUGCAGCCUGACAGUCAUUAGAGGCAGAAAGAAUCAGCAUUUGCAAUUAACAGUUGACUUCAGAAGAAACAAGUCAAGAGCAUUAAAAGUGGAAGCAUGAGGAGAUUUAUUGAUAUUGGAGCCAACCUGACAGACUCCAUGUAUCAAGGCUUUUACAAUGGGACAUCCAAGCAUCCACCAGACUUGCCUAAUGUCCUUGAGCGUGCAUGGAAUGCUGGGCUCAAGAAAAUCAUCAUUACUGCUGGCAGGCUGCAGGAGACAGAAGAGGCUCUAAAACUAGCCAAAACUAAUGAUGCGCUGUUCACCACUGUGGGCGUGCACCCGACGCGCUGCGGCGAUUUCGACGCCUCCGGCGAUCCGGACGCCCACUUGCGCGCCCUGCAUUCGCUCAUCGACGAGAACCGCGGGCGCGUGGUGGCCGUCGGCGAGUGUGGACUCGACUAUGACCGGCUCCAGUUCUGCGACCAGGACACCCAGCGACGAUACUUCGAGCGGCAGCUGAGUCUCAGCGAAAGCUCGCGACUCCCGCUGUUCCUUCACUGCCGCGCUAGUGCUGCCGACCUGGUGGACGUGCUCCGGAACCAACACGGACGAUGUUUCGGGGGCGUGGUACAUUCGUUUGAUGGAACGAAGGAGGAGGCGGAGAGCAUUAUGGAUCUGGGAUAUUACAUUGGAAUCAAUGGCUGCUCACUGAAGACAGCAGCGAACCUGGCGGUAGCCGCCGCACUGCCGGCCGACCGGCUGCUGCUGGAGACGGAUGCGCCCUGGUGCGAGAUUCGGCCGACGCACGCGGGCAGUCGGCACGUGCGGCCGCCGGCUGCGACGCCCUGCAAGAAGGAGCGCUGGCAGGCGGACCGGCCCGUCAAGGCGCGCAACGAGCCAGCCAACAUCACCCAAGUGCUGGAUGUGCUGGCAGCAGUGAGAGAGGAAGAUCCGGACACGCUGGCAGAGCAGAUCUUCGUGAAUACGACGAAACUUUUCUUUCCAGACCAUGUGUCUGACCACUGAACUGUGAUAUGCGCAAAAUACAUGAAAGCUUCUAUGAGCACAAC